UCCUUGCUUUUUAUUGUCGUAUGUCGUAUCAGGUUGGCCAUAUAGGAAUUUCUUGUGAUGGCUGUAAAGCUGGAAAUUUUAAUGGUCUACGACAUAAGUGCCUUAUUUGUAAAAAUUUUGACUUGUGUCAUCUUUGUUACCUAAAUUCCUAUGUUGAUAGUAUACACCAACUUGAGCAUUCCAUGCAAACUUAUGUUUCACCAAACGAUUAUAACCUUUACUUUGGAAAGACAGAAGAAGCGCAAACUUUAAAAGAAAAUGUUCCAAAUCCUUUCAGUUUUACCUGUCCUGUUUGCGGGGAAUUUGGAUUUUCGGAACAGCGACUUAAAGUCCAUAUUUUACAGGACCACGAUAGAACUGAGUUUAACAAGCCGAUGAGUUGUCCCAUAUGUUCGUUCAAAAUACAGCCGCCUCCACUAUAUAAUAAGCUCUUCAAUCAUUUUACACAAGAACAUAACUGUUCUCGAAGAAAAAACCCAACUGCAUCUUCAGUGUUUAGCAAAAAGACCUCUCACAGCGGCUCCGUCACCACUCUUAGGCCCCCCAGGACCGAGCCAUCCUCCCGACUAGCUAAUAUCCUUCUUGCAAUGUCCAGCCUCGCCCCUCAAGAGGAAAAUUACGACUCACUAUUAAAUAACUUAGAUUCUGUUGACCUUGACGGCAUUGAGACUAUAGAGGAUGUUUUGCUUGAUGACCGACAGGAAGACGGAGUGGAAUGGUCGGAACUCUCUCCCGAAAUUAACAGCCUUUCUUUAUCCUCUCGUCGAAGUCAUUGGCCCUUAAAUCCUGAUUCUACUUUUUCUAACUCUCACGCAGACGACUAUGAAGUUGACGAGUAUGAAUAUAUUAUUAAUGAAAGGGAGGUUAGUGGUGAAUUUUAUAAUUCUGCUAACGAGAGUGUAUACGAUGGUACUGAAUCUGAAGCACAUACAGACGAAGAACGCCAUACUAGAGAGGCCCCUCCUCACAAUCUUUAUCAUAAAGAUCCAUCAACUCUCUGUGGAAGUGAUUCCAGUCACUCUAUAAGUUAUAGUUACAUUCGGACAGACCUCCCUCACCCAACUUCUAAGGAGUCUUCCGUUUCAGUAAAUGAGGAAAUGCCUCAAUUAAAGGUUUAUGGAAGGAAAGGCAAAGGGCCUCAGAGCUACAGUAAAGCUAAAAUAGACUCUAAUGAAAAAUCUAAUGUUAAGUUUUCAGAACUACAAACAAGUCGUCAAAAUCUAGAAGAGCUGUUUUUAAAGCCUUUAUUUGUCCAACAACUUCUAUUAUCUACGCUUCUAGAAUCAAAUGCAACUAAAGGCAAUUAAUAAAUACAUACAAGGUAAACAUUUUUAAGUUAUUCAAAAGCCUGCGAUACCGCGAAUUCAUUAACUUUUUUAACAUAAUAAAAUUGGUUAUAUUUUAAA